UCACUUCCUUUUUCUUUGCCUACCCUUUGAGUUCCUACUUAUAUUUGCAGGCAUAUGUUUAAAGGCUGUUAUCCUCACUGCGCUGGUCCGGGGGAUUGGACCAACUAAAAAUCUGUGGUUUUUAGUUUUCCCCGAGAUUCCUGUAAGGGUUAUUUGCCCAUCCAGGGCCUCUAUUCUCAUCUAGUUGUAUGAUAGGAAGUAAAACCAGUUACUACAUGUUUGGGUUUCAUUUUAAGAUGCUUUAAGGAAGAGAUGAAAAGGAUUUUUUGAAGAGAGCAGAAGAUCUCUUCUCAGCAUGACUUCAGAGAUCACUUAUGCUGAAGUGAGUUUCAAGAAAGAAUCCAAGCCCUCAGACACCAAAUCAAAGCCUCCUGCAGCUCCCAAAGAGAACACCAACCUUCACAAAAGUUAUCCCAGUUUUCUUACGCUGCUUCUUGCCUCAGUGCUGAUACUUCAGCUGCUAUUGGCAAUCUCAUUUUUUAUUGCUUUUAUCAUUUUUUUCCAGAAAUAUUCUGCACUCCUCAAAGAAAAAAAAACCUUAAAAGAACUCACUCACACAGCAAUGGAAUGUGUACAAGAAAAUUUGACCAUUGAAGAGAAAGACUGGAGCUGCUGCCCAAAGAAUUGGAAGCCAUUUGGUUCCAACUGCUACUUUAUUUCUACUGUAGUAAAAAAUUGGACUGAAAGUGAGAAGAACUGCUUAGGAAUGAAGGCUCACCUACUGGUGAUCAACAGCAAGGAUGAGCAGGAUUUCAUUACCAAGAAUCUGUAUACACAACACGCUUAUUUUAUAGGACUGUCAGACCCAGAAGGGAAGCACCAGUGGCAGUGGGUUGAUCAGACACAGUACAGUCAAAGUGUCACAUUCUGGCACUCAGGUGAACCCAGUAAUCCUGAGGAGGGUUGUGUUUUGCUAAAUUUUCGUUCUUAUUCAAGAUCCUGGGGCUGGAAUGAUAUCCCUUGCCAUGAACAACAGAUGUCACUCUGCAAGAUGAGGAAGAUCUACCUGUGAAUUAAACAUUCUGCAUGAGCAUGUGGUUGUAUUGGUAUCCACCAUUAUAAUAGCUGAUAUGCUUUUUCUAUCCACGUGAAGUCUUGUGUGAAGGAUCUCCAUAGAAUUUUUCAGUAGGCUGUCACCCACUCCACUUAUGAUAGAAUCAGUGUACGCAUUCAUUUAUAAAAUGAACAUAUAUUGAACAUUUCCCAUCUUCAGACCUUAUACUGGAGACCAGUGGGGGAGCAUGCACCUCCUCUCCUCUUUGUCAGACUCCUAAGGGGUUAGGUACUUUUAUAGUCAUGUGAUGUGGCUCCUCUGUCUGUCUGGAUUUUUCUCUUUAUGAGUUGGUCAAAAGCAAGAUAAUCCUAGCCAUUACUUUCCAUUUCUCCCAGACAUCCUUAGUACCUCUAAGUGAAAGCAUAUUCUGUAACAGUUCAGUAUCAUACACAUCAACGGAAGUUAAGUUCCAGCUUUGGCCCAGGAGACUCUUAGGGAUCAUUAACAUUCUCUGUUUGGUCUUGGACUGUCACUUAACAGCAGGGUACAGGCCAAGGGAAAUCAGAAAUCGAGUAUUAGAGAUUUAAAAUAAGAGAACUGAGAUUAGAAGUUAUUACUGAUAAGAGGACAUGGAUUUGUAUUCAUCUAGUAUUCUAGUAGUUUUUUCUUGUUUUAUAGUUUCUAAAUGUGAAUUUCCACUCAAAAUGGCUCCUGGUUUAUUUAUAUUUCCCUGUUUACUAAAGUUCUUACAGAUGAUUUUCUUUUUAUUAUAAUAUAAAAUACAUCAUGUUUGCAAUUAAGCCUGUUAUUCAUUGCCUUAAUAUGGUAAUUGUAAUUGAUCAUGAUAAAGCUGACUCUAGCCAUUGGCUUUCCCAAUAUGACCUUCUGAGAUUCACUCUGAUUAUCUUGACGCAACUGAGUAAUUACAUUUGCCACUCAUUUUCUGACUAUAUCUGAAAAUGAGGAAUUUUUAUACAGUUUGGUCUUAUCCCUCAUGUAUAGAAUUUAUCAGUUUACUUCCCAGAGAGCAACUUACUAACAAUUCUGGGAGAAUUCUAGGGGAACUUAUUUAUAAUGAGCUUUUCCCAUUAUCAUUUCAUUAAUAUGGGGAUGGUGUAAAGGGAGGGCAUAAAGAACCAGUUUACUGAAUGCCUUUGAUUGGCAGAAUAGAGGAUGUACUUGAACUGGAGCAAAAUGGAGAAUGGUGAUUAUUAGUCACUGCUGGGUCUUUUCUCUAACUCCCACCUUAUAUUUUCUGAAUGUGGUGCAGAUCCUAUUUUCUUUAAUUUUCCCUAGAGCAUCAGUAAGUCAAGACUGUGGGUAAUAGAUUUCAUGUAAUAUUUGUGUUUAAACAGUGGUAUUAAAGUGAAGAAGCAUCCAACUGACUCCCAAUCAGUGGACAGAAUUGUGAAAAAUAAUAAAAUCACUUUAAGCCACUAAGUUUUGGGAGUGGUUUAUUAUUCAAUAAUGUAUAACUGAAACACCUUUGACCUAUGUUACAGUUUUGAACCAAAUUCUGAAAAUAGUGACAUAUAUUCAAUCAUGCUGCUGUCUCUAAAAAGAUUAGUGACAAUUUUAAAAUGAGAGUAGAUGAAUUUUACCUUAGUAAAUAAAAUGCAAUAUUAAGGUGUUGACUUUUUAUCAUUUAAUUCCUAUUAUUGUAUAGUGGGCAUAUUAUAUUAUAUCAUAGGUAUGCGGUUCUUAAAUUUUCAAUAUUAAAUGGGCAUAUGCUACAUUAUUUUUGUUGUUAAAGGUGUGUAAUCAGAAAUCGUUUUGAGAUCACUCUUCUAGAAGAUGAAUCUCAAAAUGCUUAAUGAAAGUUUAGGUACAUGUUCUCUCUAAGGUGAAAGAAAAAGACAGGCUCCAUUCAGAACUGUUAGAAUAAAAUGUGUUUAUGUGUUGGUUUAUUUGGCAGAUAUGUUUAAGUCUGUAAAUGAAAUAUAACUUAGAAUUUGAGGCUCUAUUUUAAUCUUUACAAUUGCUGUUAAAAGCAAAUAAUCCUGGAAACAAAGGAGUCUACCAACACUUGAAGCCCUUUUGGUCAAUCUGCCACUUAGUAAGUAGAAGAUGAAGCUGACACUGAAUGCACAGUACUAGCUUUUGCCCAUUGGAAUUAAAAUGAUCAGCCUGGAUGAUUUCUCUGAUGGUGGGAAUCUGCUGAAACCUGACAACUCUUAGGGCCUAUUUAAUGUCAUUUUGUUUAGAUAAUUUAAUACUGAAACAUGGAGUAAUACUUCUUUCUUUGUUAAAAUGGAAAUCGUCAAUCAUGAACACUUUGUCAAAGAUGAAUUCAAUGACUCAAGGAUGGAAAUAAUAAUGUAAGAAUUCAAAUUUAUAAGCCAAAUGUCCAGUAUAAGGGUUUGGAAUCAUGUUCUGUCUGCACAGUGAAAUGCUCUGCAUCAGUUAAAACUGUAGCAAAUGGAACUUGAUAAUAAAGAACCAGUGUUGAGUG